AUGUCCUCCAUAAUAGUCGGGACGAUCGCGGGACUUUGCCAACGAUCAGUUAUCACCGCCACGUGCGUAGGUCACGCUAAAGUUGCCAUUGAUUUCCUCGACGACAGUCGCUUUCUUCUUGCCGCAAGGGAACUGCAGUUUGAAAGCAGUCUUGUCGUCAUCAAGAGAAGCCUGAAUAGAUGGUUUGUUGAGAGUGGCGGUCUUGACGUAGACGGCAUUGUUGACAGCAAUGGUGUACGUCGGACCCGCCUGGAGGGGAACGCAGUUGAUGGGCGCCGGGGUGAUGCCCUCCCCCAGGUCAAUGCCGCGGGAUACGCCAACGACAUCGUUGUCCGGCUGGAGUACGGGGUUUUCGUCAUCCGGGGGGAUAACGCUAAAGACAGUCCUCGUUGA